AUGAGCGCACACCUGCUGCUUCGUUCCUGGUCAAGUCGACGGCGAGCGUUAACGCCACUGUACGCCGCUCAAGGAGGCGCCAGCGAUGUCCAACGUCGCGUAAUGCAGUCGCUGGCAAGGCGAGAGCUGCAUUCAGUGCGUCGUCCCGUUGCAAGGUCCACUUCCUCACUGUUACCGGAGCUCCAGCUGUACAAUAUGACGCAGCGAUGGCACGGACACGGCCACAGCCAUGGAAUGCUUGAGGAGGAAGAAGAAGAAACUGCAGAGGAGCGGGCACAGAGGCUGAAACUCUCGGCGGAGGACGUGAAGGCUGCGGAUCGUAUCACGUGGAUCGGUGUAUGGCUGAAUGUGGUGCUCAGUGGACUGAAAGGAGUCGCUGGAGUGGCGUUCCACUCGUCUGGAUUAUUAGCUGACGCUGCGCACUCGAUGAGUGACCUUGUGAGCGAUUUUGUGACGCUUGUAGCGCUUAAAUACUGCGCCAGACCGGCCGACGCAUCGCAGCCGUACGGGUAUGGCAAGUAUGAGACGAUGGGGGCAUUGUCGGUCUCACUAUUGCUGGUUGGAGGAUCGCUGGGCAUCAUGGUUCACUCGUUGGACACACUACUAGUGCUGAUGGAGCCAGCGACUGUUGUUUCGACUUUAGACCCCAAGGAAGUGGUGGAGUUGGUGGAACACUUGGAUCCUCAAGCCCUCGAAGCCGUGGAAACGCUAGCCAAGUCGACCCAAACGCACGGACAUGGUAUGGUCAUGCAUCCCGCUGCUUUGGGCAUCGCUGCGUUGUCUGUAGCCGCCAAAGAAGCCCUAUAUCGCACUACAAUGAAUAUUGGACGUCGUGUACACUCCAGUGUACUAAUUGCGAAUGCCUGGCAUCAUCGCAGUGACGCUGUCACGAGUGUGGUGGCCUUGGGAGGCAUCGGUUUGAGUCUCGCGGGUUUCCCGUUAUUCGACCCGCUUGCGGGUAUUGCGGUGGGUGGAAUCAUCUUGAAAAUGGGUGCAGAGAUCGGCUGGGAUGCGGUCAAGGAGCUGUGUGACGCCAAAUUGCCCGAUACGACCAUUAUGAACCUGCAGAAAGCAGUGGACGGCGUGAUUGGAAAUAGUAACGGUGCAGUACAAGUUCGUCAGCUGCGCAGUCGUAAGGUUGGCAGGCAUAUCCACGUGGAUCUCACUUUGGUGGUUGACGAUGCAUCUGGCGUACAUCGUGCUGUCGAGUGGAAGCAGAAGGUGAAAGGCGCCAUUAAGAAUCAGGUACCGCGCGUAAAAGAUAUCGUCGUGGAAAUCGCCACGCCUGAACAGUUGGCUGCAACUGCCGCAGCCGAAGCGAAGGAAGCCCACGAUCACGCUUCGAAUAGCUACCUGUAA